GAGAGCGGCUUGCGGGCCGAGGGCACGGAGGCUGAGCUGAACUGGGUGCACGCCAUCGUGACGGGCCUCAACUACCACUACGCGCGCAGCUGGUCGGCCGCCCUUGAGGCGCCACCGAGUGCCGUGCAGCGUCAGGCGCAUAGCAACUUGCUGUACGAGGUCCGGGUGUUAUGUGAUCAGUGCUCGGGGACGAUACCCAUCGUGGAUUGGGAGUCGGAGCUGACAGCGGCGGCGACCUCGCAUGAUGGCGAGGAGGUCUUCCCAGCCGAGCCGCUCGACAGGUCGAGGUUACUGGAGGCGCUGCCGCCGAUCGAUGCCUGCGCAGCGGUCAAAGCGGUAGACGUCGCCGAGGGCUGGAUCCAGGCGGCGCUGUCUGACCCCAGGCUCAUCCUGAAAAAUGUCGAGGAGAUUGGAGACCUGCCGCCGACGCCCAAGGCGUGGGCCUCCAACUCAGAGUGGGAGCUGAUCGGAGGCGACCUCGUCACGCGCGGCAUCUUGAAGCCCAUCGAGUACGAAGAGAUCGCGGAGGUUAGAGGCCAGAAGAUCAUGGGCGGCAUGUUCGGCGUGAAGAAGGGCUCCCACGUGAGGGGCGAGGGCCCCCAGAGAUUGGUGAUGAACAUCAUCCCGUCCAACUUGAUUCAGCGCGCCAUAGAGGGGGUCUUGCUCUGGAGCGCGGAGGACCUGAAGUGCUGCUUCUAUGUGUACAGCCUGUGCGACGCCUGGUUGAAGUACAUGGCCAUCUCCAAGCCGGUGCGGCGGGCCGCUGUCGGUCUACCUGGCGCGGGGCUGACAUAUCUGGCGGCCGUGGUGGUCCCCGUGGGCUGGAUCUCAGUCGGCGGUGCCUACGACGAUGGCAAACCCGAGAUCUACAUCGGCCGCGGCUCCUCGAAGCUGAAUCUGGAGGCGUCCACCUGGGGCAACCCGUACCGCAUGAACGAGGGCUGGUCGCGUCAAGAGGUGAUCACCUUGUACGAGCAGUACCUGCACGAGAGCCCUCAGCGGCUGAGGGACCUGGCAUCACUAAACGGCGCCCGCCGUCUUUGCCACUGCAGGUGUUCGCAAGCUUGCCACGGCGACGUGCUGAUCAAGGCGUGGAAGGACAGAUUCGGCUCGAUGUCGGUGUGGCGCGCGUGGCAGGUCUACAUCGACAACCUUGACGUGCUCGAGAUCACCGACUGGUGGCAGGCGAACCAGCUCCAGGAGAAGGGCGUGGGCGAGCUGGCCCAGGUAGCGAGAGAGAGGUACCAGAGCUUCGGGGUGCCUCGGAGCGAGAACAAGGCCGUCAUCAGGGAGGUGAAGUCGCAGUCCUUGGGGGAGGCGAUCGACGGGGCUCAGGGCACCAUCGUGCCCCCCGCCCAGUUUGUGCAGCGUUUGGUCUCUCUCACCAUCGAGACGCUUAGGAGGAAGGUCGUCGCGCAGAAGUGGAUGCAGAUCUUGGCGGGCCGCUGGGUGCGUUGUCUGCUCUUCAGGAGGGAGGCGAUGAUGUGCUUCACCGAGUUGUGGCGAUUCUUGGUCCGCAUCAAGGGCCAGGCUUCUUUGCCUGCCAAGGUCCGCGAGGAGCUCAUCGCGGCUCGGACGCUGCUGCCACUACUGCGCUGCGACCUACGCGUGCCCAUCAGCGGUCUGGUGACGGUGUCCGACGCCAGCAUGCAGAGGGGCGCCGUCUGCCGUUCCGUUCUUCUUCGGCGAGAUGGAGUCGCAGCGGCAAGAGCAGCGAGCAGGAGGCUCGUGACGGACUUCCGCGACGAGGUGGUGCUGGUGUCCCUUUUCGAUGGGAUAGGAGGGGCUCGCAGGGCCUUGGGCCUCUUGGGUCUCGCCCCGGCGCUGUUCGUGUCCGCGGAGAUCGAUGCCGUGGCCAAGCGGGUGACCAAGUACGCGUGGCCCGAGGUGCUGGAGGUUGGCGACGCGCAGUCCUUCGGGUACGCUGAGGCGAUGGCGAUCAGAGACCGCGCGCCCCACAUCAAGUGGAUCCUCCUCAUCGGCGGAAGCCCGUGCACCGACCUCGCUCGCAUCAACGUGGAGCGCGUCGGGCUUCAGGGGAGGCGCUCUAAGCUGUUCUUUGAGAUCACCCGCGCCCGUCUUCUCUUAGAGGAAGUGCUGGGUGAGUUCUGUCGGCUCGUGACUUUGAUCGAGAACGUGGCCUCGAUGGACGUCGAGCUGCGCAACGUUAUGAGCGAGCGCCUCGGUCACCAGCCAGUUCGUGUCGAAGCUAGCUGCAUCACGCACUGCUAUCGCGACCGCUUGUACUGGAUCGACGAGAACCUGCUGUGCGAGUGGCAAGGCGACGUCUCCGUCUCCGAGGGCGUCAAGAUGAUCCAUGUGCUUGGGGGUCCUGGCCCGGUGAGGCGCUGGCUGAGCCAGGAUCUCAAGUGGGCGGGAGACGCGGAGGAGCUUCAGAGAUGGCGAGAUUUCGAGUACUGCUAUGCGCCAUACCAGUUUAAGAACGAGAACUGCAUCGAGGAGCCCAAUAAUGUGUUCAGACCACCCAACAGCGUGGAGAGAGAGCUGCUUCUUGAUUUCUUGCCAGGGCACACCAUCACAGCUCGGGUCACCAGGGCCAGAAAGCUGGAGAAGCACGAGCUGGAGGCGACUCGCUGCUCCCUGCUGGGCAACAGCUUCCAGUGCGUGGUGGUGGCGUGGAUCCUGUCGCACUGGGCGGUGAAGUUUGGGUACUUGCACGCCGUUCCCUCGGUGGUGGAGAUGCGCGACUUAGGUGGCGGCGCCGCGAUCGAGGAUGCCAGCGUCACCCUCGACGACGUCAACCACGAUGAGGGCGUGCCCAUCAGGCAGCACAACCUGGAGGAGCCGGACGCGGCGCUGGACCCGAGCGCCGUGAUCGUGGCUGUCAGGCUGGACACCUUCGAGGCGAUGCGGCCAGAUCUGUGGCCCAGGAGGCCGAUCAGCGUGGCCCGCUGGACCUGGCGCGCGACCGCCAUCUGGGAGUGGGAGAGACCUUCACACAUCACGGACCUCGAGGUCUGCGCGGCCGCCAGAUGCCAGUGCGUAGACUUCGCCGCGUGCGAGCGGCAGCAGAUCAGGCCACACCCGCGGACGCUCGAUCUCUACCGCGAUGCAGUUAGACAGUUCUCAGAUUGGGUUGCGAGCCGAGGCUUGACUUGGACGGGUGCUUCAGAUCACGUUGACAAGCUUGACCUCCUCGUGGCCGAGUGGAUCGAGUGGCUCCGGACCGAGGGCCACCCGCAAGGCCUGGCGGGCAACGCUUUGUCGGCAGUUCAGUUCUUCUUGCGGAAGAAGCGGAUCCUGCCAGCCUCUUGGCGACUGCUGCGAGCUUGGCAGAACCUCGAGCUGCCGCAGCGCGUCCUGCCAUUGCCCGAGGUGGUCCUGCUGGCGAUGGCGGCCACGGCGAGGGGCUGGGGCCGUGAUGACAUCGCAGUGCUGCUCGUGCUGGGCUUCGCAGGCUUCCUGAGGACCACCGAGAUGCUGACGCUGCGCCGGUGGCAGAUAGCUAUCGAUGAGGCUCGCGCCAAGAUAGUGAUCAUUCUUCCGAUCACAAAAAGUGGCUUGCGGUACCAUCGGCAGGGGUCAGUGGUGAUCGAUGACCCGUCAGUUGUGCAGCUCGCCAGUUUCUUGCUUCGCCAUCUGAGUCCUGAAGCUCUCAUUCCCAACUCGAGCAUCAGUGAAUUUCGUGACAAGUUUGAGCAGUUGUGCACUGCCCUCGAAUGCCAGCAAUUUCA